CAUGUGUGUUUAGUUUCAUUUCCGCAUUAGCCCGUAGCCUGUUAGCUUCUUGGCUAUCCACUUGUCACAUUUUCUGGAAAAGGCACGUUUAUUAUCCAGGACAGACAAACGCGAGACUAAUGACGCUUACAUGCAAACAUUACGACCACGUACAGGUUUACUUAAUUGUGUCUCCAUGACAACAGCGGAGCCGUGUUGCGGAUAAAGUCAAGCAGGAAGCGACUCCAGCGCGAGGAGACUCCCUGCAUCAUCCACUGUCUUCAUCCGCAACUUCUGUCAUCUGUCAGCUAGUCUGUGUAAAACCAACUGGUUUCUCCCACUCGUCCACAGUAGAAGUAAUGAAGGUGUUCGUCUGUCCCAGUAGAAGGCCCUUCCUGGUCUUCUGGACCCUGACUCUUCAGCUGAUCCUGUAUGGUUGUGUGGUGUUUGCCGCUGAGGGCAUCGACAACUGCAAAUUGCUCUAUGACUCUAAGUCCGACAGGAAAAUCCUUAAACAACUGGAGCCACUCAUCAAUAAGAGCUUCACAGUCGAGAACACGAAUGAAGGAGAGAGCUACACGUAUGUGUUUCAGCUGUGUGGGGAUGCAGGAGGUGUUCCAGGUGCUGGGGUUAUUCAAGUGGACAGCAAGGGGAGUGAAAAGAAAACAACUGUGAUUGGAUUGUACAAUUCAACACAAGCCAUUGGAGGAACAGACCCGUAAAUGUUGAUCUACAGAAAUGGUGAGGCGUAUAAUGUUCACUGCUCCAAGGAGAAGAGGAAAGCAUUUGUUAUGAUCUCCUGCAACAGGAAGGCAGACAUGGGCCAGCUGGAAGUGCUUCUGGAGGAGAGGGAGAGGGAACAAGACUGUUUUUACCUCUUUAAAGUGGAGUCCAGUGCCGUGUGUCCAGCUCUCCCAUCCAAGAUCAGCACAGGCUCCAUAUUACUCAUCAUUGGGAUUUGCCUUCUGGCUGUUUACCUGAUUGGAGGUUUCCUGUAUCAGCGGCUGAUUGUUGGAGCCAAAGGGAUGGAGCAAUUCCCAAAUUACAACUUCUGGGUGGAAGUUGGCAACCUGUCAGCAGAUGGCUGCGACUUUGUGUGCCGCUCACGAAAUCGAGAGGAUUCCCCCGCUUACAGAGGAGUUCCCACAGAGGCUUUGGAGGAAGAGCCAGAAGAGAGAGAUGACCAUUUACUACCAAUGUGAACUCAAUAUGUCAGAGAUGGGAGAGAAUUUUUCACAGUGUGACACAAUGUACUCUUUUGCAGGUUAGAUGAAAUUGCUGCUAGACACGUCUGUUUUGUUUUUGUGCUGGUUAAGGUCAGGACCUGUUCACUUUUAGUGUUUAUCCCCGAGCAACUACAGUCAGCUAAGAGGGUUGUUAAUCACAGGUCCGAUAGACUUGUCUUUCAUGCAUCUCAUGCUAAACAUUUGGUGUCAGACAAAUGAGCAAUUCAUAGAAGACUGCAAAGUGACAAUAAAGCAUGAGUCUUCUUACAUGGAAGUCUGUCCCAAAUGGGAAAUGUUAAGAAGUUGGAUUUCUGUAUGAUCUAAACCUAAUGACAUAUUGCUCUUUUUUUCUGCUUGGCUAAUUAUUGUUUUUUUUUUUGUUGUUGAAAUGUGCGUGCAGGUUUCAGCAAGCUUUUCUUCCAUGGGUCCUUAAUGUACACUGACAGUCGCAGGUUAUGAAACACACACACAUGCUUUUGCCAGUAUAAUACGGCUUUAAUUGAAAUUAUGAGAAUGUAAGAGCUUAAAUACUGUGACUGUGCUUUCAGCGUUGUUACACAAGUAGAAACCACUGGGGAAAAAACAUAGAAAAUGUAGAUUUUAAUUUCUAUUUUUGUAGGAGAAUGCUUGCGCUGACAUCUAUUCACUGCUUAGUGUCACUUUCUGAAAUGUGAGUGUGAAGGUUGUAAACAGCACUUCCUCUAAUUUCUUUCAGAGAAAUGAACAUUGUGGACUUCCUGUGCCAGACCUCCAUGGUUAAUGCACUCAGUCCAGUGAAGGACAAUUAGAGGUCAUUCACCUAGGAAUUCUACAGUUCAUAAUUUAAGAUUCUAUGAAGGCAGUCUAUGUACUUGUAUUUUUGUAUAGAAUUCAUUGUCAAAUAUUGAAAAAUACCAAUGUUUCCCAGGACAAAAGAAAGUAAUAAUGUAGUGUGCAAACUGAAGUGAUCUGCUUACCUAAUGUGAGGUACACAAACAUUAUAGUCUGAAGACUGUUUAACCACGUUUUAAAAGUCUUCUGGUUAUGUUUUAUUGACAUAAUAAUAAGGAUUUGAUAUUUUUACAUAGAUCUGGUGUAAUUAUUGCUGCUCAGACGUAAAGCAGACCUUUUUUUACCUUCAUGCGAAAAGUACAAGGACGUUUCAUCGAAUCAAGUUAUUAUGUUACUUUGAGUGUGAGCACUUUGAGUUUUUCCGUUUGCUUUUUGAGUUUUUUUCUUUUCUUAUAAUGUUGAUGUUUCCUUUGCUUAUUUUAGUGAAAUAUUCUGAGUCUCAAUCUGGUGGGGAAGCUCACAGCUGUGGUUGUUGUGAACUGAACAGCCUUCAGAUUCUUAUAAUAACCUGUUUGGUUCAAGGAUGACUUACACACACACACACUUUUGAUUGCAUUAAAAGAAAUACCGUAUGAAA